AUGUGGGUGAUUUUAAGUUCUCCUGCUACUGGCACUUCCACUGAUCUUGGACUUGUGUAUUCUCUGAUGUUCUGUGAAAUAAGACAACUCACAUACCAUUAUGCAGUGUUAUCUCAAAGUGUCAUGUUUAUGCACGAUUUCUUCUUUUUGUUCUUCAUGAUUUGGACCAGUUUCUGUAUGGCGACUGUCCUGUUCAGGCAUCACAAGACAGCCAUGCUUAUCCACAGUCCCAGCCUCUCUCCACAGUCUUUUCCAGAGACAAAAGCCGCCCGUACUGUCCUCUUGCUAGUGAGCUGCUUUGUUUUCUUCUAUGGGACUAACUCGGGUCUUUCCAUUCAUAUGGGCUCUGUAUAUGAGAAAAACCUGAUGCCAGAGAACAUCACUGGUUUUCAUUCAUCUUGCUACCCAACUGUGUGUGCCGUGGUGUUGAUUAAAUAUGAUAAUAGAGUUUCCAGAUCUACCUGUGCCAUUUCAUAUAUGAUCAUUUCUGCUUGCUUACAAUGGAGAUUUCUCUUGCAUCUAAAAAAUACUGAUAAAAAUGAUUUUAAUUGCAGGAGAGCAUGGUUGUAG